AUGGCAAACAAGAGUUUCUUCUCUACCCUUCUUUUCCAAUGGAUGAACAUUUCGCUGAAGACAGGAAGUGAACGAGCCAUUUAUGAAAAUGAUCUUUUUCCUCUAGAAGAAGAAAACACUACGCGCUUUUUGACAGAGAGGCUUCGGGCAAACUGGACGAAAGAAACAGCUAACAGCAAAAGACAAGAUAUUUGGCCACGACUUUGGAAAAGCGUAUUGAAGAUGUUAACCACAAAGGACUUAGUAAUUCUCUUUGCAGCUGGCAUUUUCUGGACAAUUUGUCGUGUUCUCCAACCAUUACUUCUUGGAUUUCUUAUCAAGUCCAUGAUGACAGCAGAGACACACAACAUGUAUUUUCUCUAUGGCAGUGCCUCUGCACUUGGGGUAAAUGAAUUGAUCUGUUGUCUCAGCAUGCACCAGUUCGGCUACCGAUGUGAGGUGUUGGGGAUCAGAAUUAGCAGCGCCCUUAAAGGUUUAGUUUAUAUGAAGGUAAUGAAAAUAAUGAAAAAGUGAAAGAUGUCAAGUAACCGUGACCUUAAUGUGCUCUUUACGAAAACAACAACAAGUACCAGUCCUUCUUCCCUGUUUUUGUUCAGUCUUUUUCCGAUCCCCGUUUCUGGGUACGUUAGGUAAAGGCGCACACGAGCUAAAGGCUUAAACGGCCUGAGCUUAUCGCGGUUUCAUUAGCAUGAAGCACCUAGGAGUAUCUCUACUAACCCUAGACGGGAUGAAAAUAAAAAAAUGGAUGGGAUGAAAAUCUGGUUUGUAUCAAAAAACUUCUUUGUUCAAAAUUUAUUUUGACGAUUUCAUAGGCUAAAGUGCGAUAAUGAACAGGAUUUCUAGCAAUUUUCGUCCAGUUUUAAUAAUUGUUUUAUUAUUCAUUCAAAAUAAUUCCUAGUUUAAAAACAUAGCUAAAACAUGCUUACCUCCAUCGUUCCAUCAAUGUUAAGUUCAUCUUCGAUAGUGUACGUUUAGGUUUGUCCAGCUCGCAAAUAUUCUCCACUAAAAUAGCAGAUGUCGCCCUCCGAGUUGUCUUCUUGCUGUUUUUGCUAUGUUUUUAGCCAUUACUUCGCCUAGUUCCAGCUGUAGUUCUUGCUCUUGAAACGAGUGAAGUGUCGGCCAUUUUGUUUUCACAACCAAAACAACUCAACCUCUUCCCCAGGUCUUCUCGAUUAAGGUUCAUUAACCUGUAGAGGGCUGCAUUUUUGACGUCAUUUCCUCGUUAAACACAAAUUCUUCCAAAUUUGGUCAUCAGUAACUGGUUAUGGUGAAUUAUGCGUGUGCUUUUAGCCAAUCAGAAAUUGGGAAGUAUUUCGAAUGAAUAGUAAAGGUUAUUAAUGUGUUGGAAAACUUGAUCUUAUCAAAUACCUUGUUCAGAUUUUAAAUAUUUUUUAGCCUUAGCUUAUGACUACUUAGACGGGAAUUUGGAUUCUACCAAUGAAUUCAUCAAUAUGACGUCAUAAUAACGUUAAAGUAUGUCAUUUUGUCAAUCAAGCUAUGCCUAUUUUUUUUUUUUUUUAAAAAAAACAUUAUUUUCUGUGAUUUUGGUGGCUGUAUCAUGAACGGUUUUGAAGGUGACAGGAAGCAAAAAAAAAAAAACAAACUGUCUGAGGAUAAAAAGGAGGCGAGCUAGAAGUCCUAGAAGCACUUAGCUAGCCCAGUUAUCUAAAAGGCUAGCAAAUAGAACCUGUGUUUUGAAUUUAUUUCAAGGCAACCACAAACAAGAAAACCAUUGGUUGGUCGAAAAGAAAUUUUAUGAUGCUUUCAAAAAUGUGCGAAUUUUUAGAUCGAGGGCAUCUGUAUAUACUCAAACUUGACCUAGACGGGUAAAUGUAUCAUCAGAAAAGAUAGCGGGGAAAAAAAGGCGUUAUGAAUAUAUUUUUUAUAUCACUUUUUGACUAAAAAAAAAAGCUAAAUGUUGUUCUAAAACUGUUUCACUUUGUGAUUGAGCCUUUCUUUUAAAUGAUAACUUCAUGUAAAGAUAAAUUUACNUUGGUUGGUCGAAAAGAAAUUUUAUGAUGCUUUCAAAAAUGUGCGAAUUUUUAGAUCGAGGGCAUCUGUAUAUACUCAAACUUGACCUAGACGGGUAAAUGUAUCAUCAGAAAAGAUAGCGGGGAAAAAAAGGCGUUAUGAAUAUAUUUUUUAUAUCACUUUUUGACUAAAAAAAAAAGCUAAAUGUUGUUCUAAAACUGUUUCACUUUGUGAUUGAGCCUUUCUUUUAAAUGAUAACUUCAUGUAAAGAUAAAUUUACGAACAUCUGGUUUCUUUUGCAGACGCUUCUUCUCAGCAAGGAUUCACUGUUGAGGUUUACAUCCGGUCAAGUUUUUGAUCUCGUAUCGAACGAUGUUCAGCGUCUAGAGAGCGAUACUUUUAUCUUGUUUUUUGAUGGCGCUAGAGGCUUAAUGGAACUAUUCAUAGUAACAGUUUUACUGUUCUCUCUAAUCGGAUGGCAGACCAUAGUGGGGAUUGUUUCAUUGUGUAUGGUACUGCCAUGUUACGUUGGGUUCUCAUACGUAGGGGCUGUACUACGCCUGCGUACAGCCAUGGUUUCUGACAGCCGCAUCACGUUGAUCAAUCAGGUUGUUUCUGGGAUCCGCACCAUUAAAACAAAUGCAUGGGAAGAUAAAUAUAGAGAAAAGAUAAAGAGCACGCGAAGGUGAGAUACAAUUUAACGCAGGAUAACUUAACUCUGAUUUGCAGAAAAAAAAAGGACCGAGCGAGUAAGAAUGGUUUUGUUGUUAUUGUUGUUGCUUUUUUUAUUUUCAUCUGUGAUUUCACCCUUCCUAAAAUGACUAAGGACAUUAUGUUUUUUUUUUGUUUGUUUGUUUUUUUUUUGUUGUUGCUUUUUUUUUGUAGUGAUGAAGUCAAAUUGAUCCGUAAGAAGAGUGCUGUUUUGUCGGGCAUUGCUGCUCUUGAAUACAUUUCAACACCAACAGCGACCAUGUUGACUGUCAUCACUCUUGUACUAACUGGUCAGCUCCUGACGCCAGUUAACGUCUUCACGUUACUCUCCUUUAUCAAUCUGUUGAGGUUGGGCUUCUGUAUGAACUUUUCCUAUGCCUCCAUCCAAACCUACGACGCUUAUGUCUCACUGAGCAGAAUACAAGACUUUCUUCUUUUGAACAAUCUUGAUUCAACGAAGACCACAAUAAAUCCACCACAAGAAACAAAAGAAAAGUUUAAUUCGGAGAAGCCAAUUGAAAGUCAGCAAGCAGCUAUUUUACGAGUCAGACAUUUCAAUCACCAGCAUCAGCAAAAUUCUCCAGAAGAUGAAUCCUUUCUGCGAGACGUCUAUUUCACUGCCGAAAAAGGAAGUUUAACAGUUAUAACCGGACCAGUGGGCAGUGGCAAAUCUACUCUUCUGUCAGCAGUUGCUGGCGAGGUGCCAGACCAGAACUGGGCUAUAACCUACAACGGAAGUGUCGUCUAUGCGCCACAGAUUGCUUGGGUGUUCUCUGGGACUAUAAGAGAAAACAUUUUGUUUGGUGAACAGUACAAGGAAUCCAAGUACAACGGAGUUUUGAAAGCAUGUGCUCUGAUAGAAGACAUGCAGACGUUUCCAGACUCUGAUCAAACUAUCGUUGGAGAACGUGGUGCGGUUCUAAGUGGAGGCCAGCGGGCAAGAGUAAGCUUAGCACGCGCAGUCUAUGCGGAAGCAGACCUUUACUUGCUGGAUGAUCCUUUAAGUGCUUUGGACUUUAAGGUUGCUCAACUCAUCUUUAGAGAAUGCAUCAACGGCUUACUUGUACAGAAAACCCGAUUAAUAACGACUCAUGAAGAACAGGUCAUGCGAGAAGCCAAAAGCGUUAUUGUGUUAUAUAAAGGAGGAAUACUGGGCCAGGGAAGUUUUACUGAGCUAAAAGAAAGUGGUAUCCUGAACACAACUAUAGAUUCAAUGUACGAGAAGGCAAGCGAAUGGGAUAACAGCGUUGGUAAGAAAGAUAAUGAAGAAAAAGACAUUUCUAACACGAGUGGUGAAAAUAAACCACAUGAAGUUCAGGGUGUCCACUUAUCAGAAGAAGAUCGCGCCAUCGGGGUGGUGUCAUCAAAGCUUUAUUGGAGCUACUUUAGAACCGGCGCAACUUUGCCGGUAAUCAUCGCAGGAAUUUGCUUUUGUUUAAUCAGUCAAGGUAAGGACUUAAUAAAUCAAGAACUGAACCUUAAGACCACAGAGGAGAAACGUAACCUGUCAUAUAAAGAAUAUGUAACUCUGAUACAUUGGGUGACCACGUAUGGAAAAAUAAGUACUAAUAUUAGUAGUUCAAUUUGUCGGGCGGAAUGGAAAACCAAUACUGAAAAUAAAUGUUGAAAAUAUACAUUUUGUGCAUCAUUCACCUCAUACGUUUUCCGCCAUUUUUGCACCACAAACUUAAAACUUAAAACGUUUGUGUUCCAAACUGUUUUGAAAUAUUCAAACGGCGAAAAUGAAAUACUUGUUAAAAGUUCCUAUUCUUUAAAAGGUGUUUGUCGUCGUUAUUUUUCGAUGCCCGUAGACUUUCUUAGCAACUGGGAACUGAACAUAUACUAUAAAUGUUGGUUUUGAACACCGGCCAACAUCUAAACACAAAUCUCAGGGUUAUCUUUUUCUUGUCCAAACUGUCAAUUCUUGCGCAUUUUUCAGGAUAGUUUGUACUUGCUACAUCAUGAAUGCGGGCUUACCUAUGAUAAAACUUUCAUCAGUUUGGUCAUAAGAUAGCCCAAACAAGAAACCAAAACAAAACUUAAGCACUUACAACAACAACAAUAAUAGUCUUCGCCGACACCCAGCCAUCAGCCAACGAGACUUUUCUGGCGCUUUGUCACAGGAACUUUGUGGAGACCGGAUAGUUUGCAUUUCCUGUUGUAUUUUCUGACAUUUAAUUGCCUCAGACAAAAAGUCCUUUUUGAUAUUGGACAAUUUGCCUAUUUUUUAAAGCAAAGCCCAAUUUGAAACUAUCCAAAUUAACCCUUAAUCGGACAGUUCUUACAGGUUGAAGGAUAAUAUAUAAAGCUAUGCUGAGAAUAUCGGAUUAACUACCACCUACAAAGUCAAUGAACCAAUUAGUAUUUUAAUUGCAUUUUAGGUAAAGGGAGCUAAUGUUUAUUUCUAGAAUAGGCACUUGUUGGACUGAGCAAAGCAAGGCAGUUAUAAGUAGAGGUACUCUCUCAAAAGAGUAAAGUGUUCUUUAUAAGACCUUUGGCUAUUACGAAGAAUGAAUGUUGAAUUAUAAAGAAAAAGAUAUGGGCGAAAGUGAAAAAAAAGUGCAGGGCUGUCCGCAAAGUCUGGCAGAUCUUAAAGGCCUUAUUAAAAGUUUAAAAAAAUGAUGAACGGUUAUGUCUAACUUCAUCUGGGAGUAACAAUGUUGUGAACUCUUGCAAGCGCAAAGUAGUAAACUUAGGGCCCAAACAAUAGAACGAAGGGGACCGAGCGUGAAUUGGAGCCUCAAUUUUCAAGGCAAUUUGAUUUAUAUAAAUAUAUGUUAUGCUUAUUAUUAAUAGCACCGGUACCAAUUUAAGAUCCCUAAGGGUGUUCUUUCUUACAAUGAAAAGUCAAAUAUUAUAAAGAUUGGCAUUGCUUAAAUCACACAAUGGGGCCUUUUCCUUUUAGAUGACGGAGAUUUCAUAACAGCCAGCAUAAAAUAAGGAACGACACGCCAUCUUUGACUCAAAGUCGCAAUUUAAUGGUGAUAUCCUGGGCAGACACCUAAAUUUGUGUCACCACAGUCAUUUCUGACCAUUCUUUUUUUAUAUAUUACUUUCAGCAAUGCUAGUUUCCUGCGAUGUGUGGCUUUCGCUUUUGGUAAAGAAGCAUCCAGAGGAUCAAAAAUGUCAGAGAAACCUUUACAUCUAUUGCUCUCUCGUCCUGGUAUCUUUCACAUUUCUUGUCUUUCGAGCAUUUGGCUUCUAUUUAGUUUCGUUACGAUGCUCUGAAUGUCUUCAUAAUAAAAUGGUUGCGGCUGUUUUACAAGCACCGGUCUUUUUCUUUGAUUCAAAUCCCAUUGGAAGAAUCAUGAAUCGUUUCUCUAAAGAUAUAGGCUGCAUGGAUGAAGUACUACCCAAAACCUUUCUGAGAGCAAUCCAAAGGACCUUGCUUAUGUUCAGCUCCAUUCUUCUGCCAACGGUCAUAAACCCUUGGAUUCUGUUUGCUGAUGUGCCAAUAGCUUUGUUGGCAGGACUAAUUUCAAGAUAUUACUUAAAGACAUCUAGGGAGCUGCAAAGGAUAGAGUCAGUUAGUCGUAGUCCCGUCUUUUCUCACUUUUCGGAGACUUUGGAUGGACUGGGCACAAUUCGGACAAGAAAAAAGGAAGGAGAUUUCAUAGAUGAGUUUUGCAGGUAUUUGCCACUUGAUACAGUUUUUAUCAUUGUUGUGUACUUUUAAUAUCUAAUCUGCGUGAACAGAAAAAUGAGAAUCGAGGCUGAGUUAAAAAUAAAUCCCUGAAAAGCGAAGAAAUCGCGGUCAGUUGAGUAGUAAAGUAACUGGUUCAGAAUAUAUUUUUGACGGGGUUUCUCCUGUCGGAUUAAUGUCCAGACUAACAUGGAGCGAAGUGGCACUUGUGAUACACGCCAGAAAAAGACAUAAUAGUACCGUGCACGCAUUUUGGCAUAAAAAUACCCAAUUUAGGAUUACGUACUAAGCUAAGAGUUAAGUAAGACUAUGGAACAACAAACCCUUAAUAAUGAAGAUAAUGAAGUCUUCGAAUGACAUGGCAAAAGACAGCUGGCUUGACACAGUGGACAGAUGACUGAAUUGGAGGAGGUCUUCCUGUUAUUCACAGAGUUUCCAGGCUUUGAAACCAACUUCCUAGCCCGGAUUUUGUAAUUGUAUUAAAGAUUAAGCAGCUCAGAUGAAAAGUAAGAAAAAAUGGUGAUAAUCGAGCCACGAUUCGUUGGUACAGAUCAGAGUGCUUGUUCUAAGCUGGGAGCAUACAAGGACCAUAAAGAGGGUGAAUGUCGUCACUUCGAAAGAUGAUUUCCUGGCCAGUAGGUUGUAUACGCUGAACUGAGUUUUAGGAGAGAAGCAGUUAGUAACAACAACUAACUAGGUGUAAUCGGCGGGUUUGAAGACAUCCUUGUUUGUGUGAAAUAGUAGUCAGCCAGGUUUAGGUAAAUAAUUUGGGACUCUAGACCUUUAAAGGUAAUAAGCUCAGUUAAAUAAAAUAGGAAAGCACAAAAAAUGAAAAGAUCUUAAUGACCCCUUCCAAUAAACUAAACUGUUCUCGGCUGGGACGGUCACUUCAGAUUUGAGCUAGCCUUUUUAUUAAAACGUCUCUGAAAUCUGUUUUGAUAAAAUUGCUUUAAUGUAAACGAUAUGAGAGAAAUCUUGGUGAAAUUGCUCAGUGGUACAUAAUUGUUGUCCCUUUUAGGUUUCAAGAUAUUCAUACCCAGUCAUACAUUAUGGUUUUUGCCAGUCAGCGUUGGCUUGGUGUACGCUUGGAUUGUCUGUCUGCUCUGUUAACUGGUGCAGCCGCUCUUGCUGCGGUUAUUGUGUCUCAGGAUGCCGGUAAAUAUACCCGCAUAAUUAGAAACUAAUCAGAUUAUUUCAUGAAUUGUUCAUUUUCUAAGAGUCACUAAUUCAACUAAAAUGGUCUUUGCUUCUUGUGCAAAUGCUUGCGCUACCUAGUCAUAUUUCUACUAAUGUUCAAUGAUAUAAGUUGAGAGUGAAAUAAGGUAAGUAAUAGCGGAGCUCCACGCGCGCGCGAGCGUUGCCCCAUUCCUAAGAAAAUGUGGUAAUCUAACGAUCCGACAAAUUUUGGUAAUCACAUGAACGUACAUUCGUCCGUCCGUCCGCACCACAGGCAUGCCAAUGUAAAAUAACUCAAUCAACAGGUAUGACAAACCAAAUGUAACUCGAGCUUAUUUUAGCGGGAAGUCCCAUAGCCACCCGCGUCUUCUGAAGCGGAGACAACUAAAGAGUCAAUAAGAGAACGGAAGGAAGAAAAUGUUUCUGUGUCCGUGUUGUCUAAAGUAUUAAGCUUAGAUUAAUUGUCAUGUCCACAAAUUUGGAAUAUAGAGAAAGAGAACGACAGAGAAAAAGAGAAAAUAGGCGACAGGCCGCAGCGAAGCUCAACGAGAAAAAGGGCGACGGAGAGCUAGAGCAAGAAAUAAGGAGCCAUUUUUUGUUGGAAGAACAACAUGAAUUUGUAGCGGCGGUGAGAAAAUGAGAAAUGCUAGCGGCAACCAAGGAAAAAACGAGCGGAAGUGUGAAAAAAGUGAACAAGAACAUGUACGGCAUUUCCUCCAUAGAAUGUGCAACCAGGAAGUUUAAUUUUAGGACGUUUUCCGUUGUAGUUGUGCAAAACAACGGCAAAGAAAUGUUCAUACAAAGUGUGCUGCACGUGCAAAGUUGUGUUUUGCUAAUUAGACGUUAUGUUGUUUUUUUUUUUACCGUUCUCGUUGCCUUCGCUGCUUAGCAUUACACGAUUAUAUUAUAUUUAGUUUGAGCAAACUUUAAAUAUCAUUGAGAGCCUUGCUUUUAGCCCUGGCUAAAUCUACAUAUAAGGAUAGUGUGAGAUGCGGGAGAUAAUAUAAUAAUAUAUAGCCGCCAAAAAAAAUCACAUUGAUUCCCAGGAUUGCUUUCCUGAACACCAGGAAGACUUCUCGCAAAAGAAAACACAAAACAAACUAAAACAAAAAAGACGCAACUUCGGGUUAACAGUUGAGCAGAAUAUUGUUCCUAGCACCGCAUUUUGGUAUACGCCGACGAAAUAUCCGAAAUUUGGACUGUAUAUUCUCCCCCCUUUUCUUUUAGCCUUUGCAGGUCUGGCAUUGGUUUAUGUAGUCCAGAGCGUGGUACUGACUCAGUCCGCAAUUAAGAAAUCAGUUGAGGUCGAAACUCUAAUGACAUCAGUUGAGCGAGUAAUGACAUACACUGAGCUUGAAUCUGAACCUGGAUACAAACUGGAACAAAAUCCUCCGGAAAUCUGGCCAAAUGAGGGAAAAAUUGCGUUCAAAGACGUAUGCCUGACGUACUAUCCUGGCGGUCCUCAAAGUCUAAAGAAUAUCACACUUAGCAUCAAUGGAGGAGCUAAGAUCGGAAUUGCUGGCAGGACGGGUGCAGGGAAAUCUUCUCUCGUGGUGGCACUGAUGCGCAUGCCUGAAGCUGGUGGAGAUAUAAUGAUUGAUAAUUUCAGUAUAAGAGAUAUCAAUCUUAAAGAAUCUCGACGAGCAAUAACCAUUCUUGGACAAAAUCCGGCCCUCUUUAGUGGAUCAUUAAGGCAAAAUCUUGAUCUGAUGGAAGAGUUUCAAGACGCGGAACUAUGGCGAGCCCUCGAACAGGUGCAGUUGAAAAAUCUUGUAGAGCACUUGGAGGGUCAGUUGGAACAUGAAUUAUUGGAGCAAGGGUCUAACUUUAGUACUGGAGAACGUCAACUUAUCUGCUUGGCUCGCGCGCUGUUGCAGCAAAAGAAAAUCGUCAUUUUGGAUGAGCCCACUGCACACGUGGAUCCAGACACAGAGCAAAUAAUCUGGAAACUAGUGCGCGAAGAACUGAAAGAUUCCACUGUUAUCACUAUAGCACAUCGUUUGAACACAAUAAGGGAUUGCGACAAGAUUUUAGUUUUAAAAAGUAGUCAAGUCGAUGGAUUUGAUAGUUUUGAUGUGUUAAUGAAUAGAAAAGGAGGAAUGUUGAGUAAAAUGGAUAAUAUAAUAAAGGUCACCUCAUAG